AUGGUACAGAUAUUUAAUAGGGAGGGAAGUCUAUAUAAUGUCAGUCUGGAAAACAACAGAGUGCGUGCACUUAUCAUUACAACCUACAGAGAUGAUGGGACACGUCCAAUUGUUUUUACCUUAUUGGCAGUAGCAUUUUACAUCUCUCAAUCCUGCGAUGCGGUAGUAGUGGCUUCCCUUGAGGCCGAACAAACACCCAAGUACUGGUAUGAUCAGGCCAAGGAAACGUUAGCAAAUGCUAUCAAACUGCAACCCAAUACCAAUAAAGCAAAGAAUCUUAUCUUGUUUCUAGGAGAUGGAAUGGGUGUCACCACAAUAUCUGCAGCUCGUGUAUACCAGGGACAAUUGGAAGGGCAGCCUGGAGAGGAAAACAUUUUGGAGAUGGAGAAAUUUCCUUAUGUUGCACUUUCUAAGGUGUACAAUGUAGAUGCACAGGUUCCAGACAGUGCAGGUACAGGAACAGCCUAUUUAUGUGGGGUAAAGUCUAAUUCUGGGAUGCUGGGUGUGAGUGCAGCUGCGCGACAUGGAGUCUGCACUAGUGCCAACGGAAAUGAAGUGACCUCCAUACUUCACACAGCAAAGCAGGCGGGUAAAUCAGUGGGUAUUGUGACAACCACUCGUGUCCAACAUGCCUCUCCAGCUGCGGCCUAUGCUCACAUUGUCAAUAGAGACUGGUACUCAGACAAUGAGAUGACUGAAAAUAUGACUAACAGUGGCUGCAAGGAUAUUGCAUACCAACUGGUGCACAACACGGAUAUAAAUGUGAUUCUGGGAGGUGGGAGAGCAUACAUGGAUGCCGCAAAUACACCUGAUCCUGAAUACCCAAACAGCUCAUCAAGUCAAGCUGUUCGUAAGGAUGGGCAAAACCUAACCAACAUAUGGCUGAGCAAAAGACAGCGGGCACAUUAUGUAUGGAACAAGGAGCAGUUUGAUGCUAUACAUGAAACUAACACCGAUUAUCUUAUGGGUCUUUUUGAACCAAAAGACAUGAAGUAUGAACUGAGCCGGGAUAAGAACACUGACCCAUCCCUGUCCGAGAUGACUGAGAAGGCCAUCAAGAUCCUGAGCAAGAAUCCCAACGGGUUUUUCCUUUUUGUAGAAGGUGGCAGAAUUGACCAUGGUCACCAUGAUACGAAUGCCAAGAAUUCAUUGACUGAGGCUGUUGAAUUUGACAAAGCCAUCCGCAGGGCUGGACAGAUAACAUCUGAAACUGACACACUAACUGUUGUAACUGCUGACCACUCCCACGUUUUUACCUUUGGUGGAUACACAGAUCGUGGCAACAGUAUUUUGGGAAAGGCCCCCGGCAGCGCUAAAGAUGGUAUGCCAUAUACAAGCUUGUUGUAUGGCAAUGGACCUGGCUUCAAAAUUGUUAAUGGAACUCGUGAGAAUAUUACCAGCAUUGCCAUAGAUGGAGAUUAUCUGCAACAAACCGCUGUCCCACUUUCAUCAGAGACACAUGGAGGCGAGGACGUCGCUAUUAUGGCAAAAGGACCUUAUGCACAUCUUUUCCAUGGCAUUCAUGAGCAGAGCUAUAUUCCCCAUGUAAUGGCGUUUGCAGCUUGCUUGGAACCUUAUCAAGAUUGCCCUCACAGUUCAGGCUUUCUCACCGCUCCUUCGAUCAUGCUAAUUUUGAUCAGUGUAUGGGGAGUUCUCCUACAAUGAGGGUGUCAAUUCCUUUCAUUUGAUGGCCAGCACUUCGUCAUUGUUUCUAUGACAUUUAUGACUAAUUAAUUGUAUCACAUAUAUUUGGUUAAAAGUCAAUAGCAAGCUGGCUUUAUAUUUAUAUUCUUGCACUUUGUUUCCGAUUCCAUACAAUAAAAGAUCCUGCCAUUGAA